AUGGAGGUGAAUGCAGACGAGAAGCGCCAUCGCACACGCUCAAAAGGUAUCCGAGUGCCUGUGGAACCAGCGAUACCAGAGCUGUUCAGCUGUCCUACACAAGGCUGUGAUGGAAGUGGACAUGUCAGCGGCAAAUAUGCAAGACAUCGAAGUGUGUACGGCUGCCCCCUGGCCAAGAAGAGGAAAACACUGGACAGACAGCCUCUGGAAACAGACCCCAAGAGUAGACCCCUCAUAACCCACAUGGACAACUCCACUAGGGAGGAGAGCUACGAGACAGACGGAACAGUGGAGAUGGAUGAUAGAGAGGAGGAGGUGGAGGAGGGAGUAGAGGAUGGGGGAGAUGAGGAAGAGGAGGUAGAGGAGGAGGAAGAGGAGGGAUACUUGGAGGACAAUGAGGAACAGAUGGAGCAGGAAGAAGAAGAUGUGGAGAGAGGGGAGGGAGAGGCGGAGGAGGUAGAGGUGGAACAAGAGGAAGAGGAGGGCGGAGUACCAGAGGAGGAAGAAGAGGAAGAGGAGUAUGAGGAGGAGUAUGAGGAGCAGAGUCAAGGCCAAGAGCACAAUCAGAUGAAUGGCGGCGGUGGCGGUGGCGGUGGCGGUGGCGGUGGCGGCCAUCCUAAAUCCGGUCUGACGGGGGAGAAGGACGACAACAACAACGAUGAGUAUGAGAACUAUGACGAGCUGGUGGCCAAGUCUCUGCUCAACCUAGGGAAGAUAGCAGAGGACGCCGCCUACCGCGCCAUGACCGAGUCUGAGAUGAACAGCAACUCCUCCAACAGUGCCGAGGAAGAAGAGGAAGAAGAGGAGGAGGAGGAGGAAGAAGAGGAGGAGGAAGAAGAGGAGGAUGAGGAGGGUGGGGAGGGCAUUCAGAGGAAGGGUGAGUUGACCCUGGAUGUCGACAGUGAUGUAGUGAGGGAAACGGUGGACUCUCUGAAACUGCUGGCCCAGGGACACGGGGCUAUGCUCUCUGACAACAUGGAGGGAGGAGACUAUGAAGACGGGAUUGGGGAGAACGGGGAAGCGAACCAUAAUGGAGGGACUGGAGGUGGUAAUGGUCAGGGUAAAGCCUCUAAUGGACUGCAGGAGAGCGAUGAGGAGGUGUGUCUAAGCAGCCUAGAGUGUCUGAGGAACCAGUGCUUUGACCUGGCUCGCAAACUGAGCGAGACGCAGCCGGCUGACCGCUCGGGCACAGGGUUCCCGCAGCAGAACCACCCUGGCGGCGGGGACACCCAGGGACAGCAUCCUCACCCGUACCAGCCUGGGCGCACCCUGGAGAGGAACUACUCCGACAUGGUCAACCUGAUGAAGCUGGAGGAGCAGCUGAGCCCGCGCUCCAAGGCCUUUUCCAGCUGCGCUCAGGAUGACCGCUACCACAACCACAUCCACGACCGGGACGAGGACACACGGUCGGUGACGUCGGACCUUUCAGAGGAGGUGUUCGACAUGACCAAGGGGAACCUGUCUCUGCUGGAGAAGGCCAUCGCGCUUGAGUCUGAGAGGGCCAAGGCCAUGAGAGACAAGAUGGCUGCCGAGGCGGCUCGGAGGGACGGGGUGAGGUAUCAUCAUCACCAUGGUGACCAUCAUGGGGAGCACCAAUCGCGGCAUAGCUACGGAGAGGAGCGCAAGGCCCGCCUCCAUGAUGGGAUGAAGAAGCCCUACUACCAUAAAAAUUCAUCGCGUGGAGACAAGAAAGAGAGCCGGUGCCCGACACCGGGCUGUGAUGGCACAGGUCACGUGACGGGGUUGUACCCUCACCAUCGGAGCCUGUCUGGCUGUCCACACAAAGACAGGGUGCCACCUGAAAUCCUUGCUAUGUAUGAGAAUGUUCUUAAGUGUCCUACACUGGGCUGCACGGGACGCGGCCAUGUCAAUAGCAACAGGAACUCCCACAGAAGCCUGUCGGGGUGUCCAAUCGCUGCAGCAGAGAAGCUGGCUAAAGCCCAGGAGAAGAGCAUCGGGUGCGAUGGCUCCUCCAAGUCUAACCAGGGCUCUGACCGCGUGCUCAGGCCUAUGUGCUUUGUGAAACAGCUGGAGAUCCCUCAGUACGGCUACAAGAACACCAGCACGCCGCGCUCCAACCUGGCCAAGGAGCUGGAGAAGUACUCCAAGACCAGCUUUGACUACAGCAGCUUCACAGACAGCAGCCACGGCAACAAUGUCUACGGCAAACGGGCCAUCGCACCCAAGCUCCAAGGCAGGGACACUUCUCCUAAAGGAUAUGAUGUCAAGCGCUACUGUAAGAACUCCAGCUCGGCGAGCAGCCCGAACAGCACCUACGCCCCCAGCAGCAGCAGUAGCAGCCUGAGCUGUGGAGGAGGGGGCGGAGGGGGGGGCAGCAGCGCCAGCUCCACCUGUAGUAAGAGCAGCUUCGACUACACCCACGACAUGGAGGCUGCCCACAUGGCCGCCAGGGCCAUCCUCAACCUGUCCACGCGCUGCAGAGAGAUGCCCCACGGCCUGGGAGGAAAACCCCAGGAUCUCUGCUCUCGGAACCCAGACCUAGAGGUGGAUGAGAACGGGACAUUAGACUUGAGUAUGAAGCAGCGUCUGGGGGGUGGCGUAAGUGCGGUGCUCACCCCCCUGGAGCCCAUGUCUCCCCAGCGCCAGGCUCUGAUGCGUUACGGCAUGGGGGAUGACUGCUGGGAUCUGCCGGUCGACUACGCCAAGAUCAAAUGCAUCGACGAGGACAGCAAAGAGGAAAUCAGUCCUGAUGACCUGGACCCGUUCCGGGAUCUGCUGGAGGAGCGAGGUUACUCUGGUGACGUCACCAUGCACAGCCCCAAGCCCAAGUACGCCCAGUGCAAGGAGAGCAAGAAGGACCUGAUAACUCUCUCUGGCUGUCCUUUAGCUGACAAAAGCAUUCGCAGUAUGAUGGCCACCAACUCACAAGAGCUCAAGUGCCCGACACCGGGGUGCGAUGGUUCUGGGCAUAAUACUGGCAACUACGCAUCACACAGAAGUCUAUCCGGGUGUCCUCGGGCCAGGAAGAGUGGGAUCAAGAUCACACACAGUAAAGAGGACAAGGAGGACCAGGAGCCCAUCAGGUGUCCGGUCCCGGGCUGUGAUGGUCAGGGUCACGUGACGGGGAAGUACGCGUCUCACCGCAGUGCAUCAGGCUGCCCCCUAGCUGCCAAGCGGCAGAAGGACGGCUACAUGAACGGCUCCCAGUUCACAUGGAAGGCUGGGAAGACAGACGGAAUGUCCUGUCCCACCCCAGGCUGUGACGGCUCAGGCCACGUCAGUGGGAGCUUCCUCACGCACCGGAGUUUGUCAGGCUGUCCGCGUGCCACGUCUGCCAUGAAAAAAGCCAGACUGACUGGACUGUCUGAAAUGCUAACGAUAAAACAGCGCACCAGCAAUGGAAUCGAGAACGAGGAAGAGAUUAAACAGCUGGAUGAAGAAAUCAAAGAUUUAAGUGAAUCUAAUUCACAAGUGGAGGCAGAUAUGAUCAAACUUAGAACACAGAUUACCACAAUGGAGUCUAAUCUGAAGUCAAUAGAGGAGGAAAACAAGGUGAUUGAACAACAAAAUGAAUCUCUCCUGCAUGAGCUGGCAGGUCUCAGCCAGACACUGAUUAACAGUUUAGCUAAUAUCCAGCUCCCUCAUAUGGAGCCGAUCAGCGAUCAGAACUUUGAUGCUUACGUGACCACGCUAACAGAUAUGUACACCAACCAGGAGCAGUACCAGAGCCCUGAGAACAAAGCCCUGCUGGAAAACAUCAAACAAGCGGUGCAAGGAAUCCAAGUGUAG